GACAGUCGGCGCCGAGCCGCCCUCGCCUAAUCUUGCGUUUUCGUAUUGAUCUCGUGGGGCAAAAACCAUAGCGAGGAGAGUGAUAUUUUUUGUUUAUCGUUUCCAAUUGUUCGCGACGUAAGAAAAACGCGAAAGUCCGAUCCAGAGCGAGAACUCGUGGCGUGCAAGUUCCACCGGAAGCUGAACGAUCGGAAAUCAUUGGUACCGAAAUUUUCGAGAAGAUCCAUGUACACGCGGUAUGGCUAUUAUGCAUUCCUGUUGCUGUUGGCAGUCUGUACGCAAAGGCAGCUACGUCUGUGGUGUUUAUACUACAGUAUAUUACACACUGUUAGCGUUUACCACCAGCACUCUACUCCUUCAAGAGAAACAGUAUCUGAAAGGGAAUCGUUCAAUGCCAGUAUCGUUCAGCUUCCUGACAGAGGACUUCAUCUCGCCGACGACGGUUUAUUUCAACUUAAUGGUGUUUGUCUGCUCCUGCUGCGGCGUGCCGUUCAGCUUCCUUCUUUUGUACGGCUUAUACAUGAAUCACAAAAUAUUGCUGAUUCCAUGGAUCACCGUAGUCAUCUCGAGUAUCAUCAUCGAUGUAGCACAUACCCUGUAUCUGUUUUCUGUUAUACCUAACUUCAAUCCGACGACAGCCAUGUUCCACACACUGAGUUUUUUUAUACUUUGUACAAAUAUAUACGCACUAUUAUGUGUCAUCUCUCAAUAUCAAGAAUAUUUGGCCGGUCGCGGCACUGCAGGGGACGAUUACGUAUAUAGGGGUCCAGUAAUAAGAUAUGUAACUCAACCGGCGACCACGACCGCUACCACGUCGUGCCUAAGUUCACGAAAAGGCACAACCAACAACGAAACAAAAGCCACACCAACUCAGAGUCCCACGGCAUGUCACAAUCCUCCCUUAUCGGAGAAAAGUCCCAGUGGGGACCGCCUAUCAAGGAAGCACGUUCAGUUUCCAGACACAUCAACAUCGUCAAAUCAGAUACAGAGGCCAGAGAUGCCAACAACAGAGGGUCCGACAAAGGGAAAAUUGUCGAAAAUUGAGCGUAAUAACGUAAGGACCUGGCUGCAACCUAACGACGCCAUAACAAUCGUGGUCAACCAGUCGUCGCCGUCGAGCGACGAAGAGCAUGUCCAUGAUUGCUCAUGAACGCGGUAUGGGCCUUCCUCGGCACAAUCACGUAUGCAAUUAAGAAUACUUCAAAUAUAUGUGAUCACUAUACGUGCACAUUCGUGGAAAACAUGUGUCAUCAGUGUAUAGAUAUGUUGAUGGGUCUCUGUGGAAAAAAAACGAAGUUUUACAUCGACUUAUUCACCCUUUUCCUACUUAAUAAUACCGUUCACUGAUCGAAAAUUGAGAAGUUUGGUUUUUGGUCGGACCAAUCGGGAUGAGCAACGUAGAUAAAGAUAACAGAGGUUAAAGGAAACAAAGUUCAGAAGGGAAGCGCGUAAAUGCAGAGGGAUAUUAUUUUAACAGAUAAAACAUGGCGGACAGAUAUAUGAAGCGUACGAAAGGAUACCGUAACAUAUCGAAGAGAUAUACUCGAAAGUUAUGUUCGAUUGGACAUUCGAAAUUCAUAAAGAAAGUGCCAAGAUGAUUCCAUUGUGUAUAUUUUCGGAAAGUGAACAACUCGAGGAAGGAUCGUUUGUUGCUGUUAAGAAAAUUGUAAAUUGCAUUUCUGAGUGUCAAUUAAUGUUGAAAUAUGCGUUUUUAUAGAUUUAGAAAGACGCGAUGUAGCUGUUGUUUGAGUUUAAGAAGAGAUCACUGCGAAAGAAAAAUUGUAUAACAGACGUUGUUUACAUCUCUUCCGACUCACGAAAUAAAAAUAUUGUCGAGAAUUUAC